AUGAUUUCCUACAAAGCUAUGUGUACCCUCGGCUCAGCCGUUAUAUUGGUAUCUACCUCAUUCAUCAUGGGUGUUUUCUACAGCAAUCUAGCUUACGAUUACAAAAUAUUGUUUCAACCAGCUUUAGUCACUGCUGAAGAUUUUGAAAGAACUCUAAAGCAUUAUCAAUUUUUAAAUGAAGUCGGUCAACCACUUUUAUAUAUCUUAAGUGCUAUUGCCUUCCUAGGUUUAGUUGGUCACAUGGUCAGAUUGUACAAACCAAAUGAAGAUUUGAAGUUGUUUGAAUAUGCUUCUCUUGGUAUGUUCGUCAUGGGUAUCUGUGUGUUCAUUACUAACAUUAAGACUGGUAUCGAGUGUUCUUUGACAGGUAACUGGGGUGAAGUUACUGAGAAUCAAGGUAUUGCCGUUCUAGGUUCCUCUAAUAUUAUCUUACUAUGUGUCUUUCUUGGUGUCCUCUUAUUACAAGCAGGUCUAUGGUGGGCUAACUAUGAUUUAGACACUAGAAUGAAGCAAUUUUACGCCGAAGAAGCAAAGGAAGCCACUGCUAAGAAAGAACAAACCCCAAAGAAAGGUGGUAAGAAACUGGCUGCUCAAAAUAAAAAGAACAAAUGA